AAUGGCAAUUCACUAUUCGGCUACUAGACUACUUCAAAUGCUUACUGUAUAAAAACGUGGCCUACCAGCAAUGAAGACACAUUCACAGUUCAAUUCACUCAGCUAACACACCAGGUGCCUACCGAAUAUUAACUCUAUUAACCUUUAAAAUGGCCAAAUUCUUGAUUGUCCUGUGUGCUUUAUUUGCCUGCGCUGCCGCCAAGCCAGGUUUAAUUGCCCCCUUUGCUGCUCCAUUAGUCGGAGCACCUCUUGCCGCAGCUGCUGUUAACGCUCCAUUGGAUGCCGCUUAUGCCAGCAGCCGUCUUGACAUUAACCAGCGUUAUGGCGCCGCUUUAGUGCCUGCAGCUUUUGCUGCUGCUCCAGCUAAACUUGUAGCUUCCGCACCAGUAGCUGCGCCUCUGGCUGCCGCUCCAGUUGCGGCACCUCUAGCCGCUGCUCCAGCUAAACUUUUGGCCUCCGCUCCAGUAGCCGCUCCAUUGGCUGCUCCAGUCGCCACACCUCUUGCCUACGCCAAUCUUCCCCUGGAUGCCGCUUACGCCAGCAGCCGUCUUGACAUUAACCAGCGUUAUGGCGCCGCUUUAGUGCCCACUGCUUUUGCUGCUGCUCCAGCUAAACUUGUAGCCUCCGCACCAGUAGCUGCACCUUUGGCUGCCGCUCCAGUUGCUGCACCUCUAUCCGCUGUUCCAGCUAAACUUUUGGCGUCAGCUCCAGUAGCCGCUCCAUUAGCUGCUUCAGUCGCCGCACCUCUUGCCUACGCCAAUCUUCCCCUGGAUGCCGCUUACGCCAGCAGCCGUCUUGACAUUAACCAGCGUUAUGGCGCCGCUUUAGUGCCUGCAGCUUUUGCUGCUGCUCCAGCUAGACUUGUAGCCUCCGCACCAGUAGCUGCACCUUUGGCUGCCGCUCCAGUUGCUGCACCUCUAGCCGCUGCUCCAGCUAAACUUUUGGCGUCAGCUCCAGUAGCCGCUCCAUUAGCUGAUCCAGUCGCCGCACCUCUUGCCUACGCCAAUCUUCCCCUGGAUGCCGCUUACGCCAGCAGCCGUCUUGACAUUAACCAGCGUUAUGGCGCCGCUUUAGUGCCCACUGCUUUUGCUGCUGCUCCAGCUAAACUUGUAGCCUCCGCACCAGUAGCUGCACCUUUGGCUGCCGCUCCAGUUGCUGCACCUCUAGCCGCUGCUCCAGCUAAACUUUUGGCGUCCGCUCCAGUAGCCGCUCCAUUGGCUGCUCCAGUCGCCGCGGUAGCUGCUCCUCUGAAGUACACUGCGCCGACACCAGCUCUUUGGUAAUUUGGUGAUGCUGUGUUGUGAAAAAUGUUUGUAAUUAGCUGUUAAGUAUGAUAAUAAAGCAAAACAAUCGAAAUAAAAAGU